AUGACUGUGGGAGGGGCCUGGGAGCGCUUUACGCUGAGGUCUCAACCAAUCAGCAGAGUCCUUACUCAGUCCAUUUCACAGAUGAGACCACCCAGGGUUGUGGCAGUGCUGGGAGACACGCGGGAGUCUGGCCCCACACCUAGCUUCCCCGCAGAGUCCAGAACAGGAGGCCAGACCUCCGAAGGCAGGGAGAGACUGAAGCCUCCCCAUUCCCGAGGUCCCUCCCAGGUCUCCACCACCCCGGCCUCAAAGGCGCAGGCCCUCAGUCUCCAGGAAGGCCUCUGGCAUCCUGCUUGGCAGGGACCGCAUAGGCCUUCGGAGCAGGACGUGUCAGGCUCUCCCAUGAGGUGGCUAAGGAGUCAGGACAGGACAUCCUUUUCUGCCUUUCCUUCCAGGUGUCCGAACCCAUCUGAUCUUCUGAAAGCCCCCCAAGCCCGCAUUUUCAUGAUCCCACUGACAGAGGUGAGCCCCGAGGCUCACAGAGGUGAGAUGACCUCGCUGAGGACAUGCAGCUGCCAAGGGCCAAGGGAUGAGUGGGGGCCCACCUUCCCAAUGGCAUCUCCCCCCGGUCUGGAACUGAAGACACUGAGUAAUGGCCCCCAGAUCCCAAGGAGACCAGCUCCUCUGGGCCCGGCAGCUGCGUCCAGGGAGGGUGUGGAGAACAUCUGCUUUUCCUCAGAGGAGCACGAGACCCAUUUCCAGAACCCAAGGGACACCAGACUGGGUAGAUCCCCCAGUCCCCCAGCGGGGGGCUCCUCACGGCCCCGAUCCCAGCGAUCCCAGCGGGACGAUCUAUCCCUGCGUUCUGAAGAGGGGCCGGGCCUGGAGCCUGUGAGCCGCCCAGUGGAUUACGGCUUUGUUUCUGCUCUGGUUUUUCUGGUGAGUGGGAUCCUCCUGGUGGUGACAGCGUACGCCAUCCCCCGUGAGGCCCGCGUCAACCCUGACACAGUGACGGCGCGGGAGAUGGAACGACUAGAGAUGUACUAUGCCCGCUUGGGCUCCCACCUAGACAAGUGCAUCAUCGCGGGCCUGGGGCUGCUCACUGUGGGCGGCAUGCUUUUGUCAGUGCUGCUGAUGGUCUCCCUGUGCAAGGGGGAGCUGUACCGCCGGCCCACCUUCGUCCCUGGCAGGGGCUCCCGGAAGACCUAUGGCUCCAUUAACCUGCGCAUGAGACAGCUCAAUGGGGAAGGGGGCCAGGCGCUGGUGGAGAAUGAGGUUGUCCAGGUCUCAGAAACCAGCCACACCCUCCAGGGCUCUUAAGUAAGAGCCCACCCUAUCUGGCUGCUUUGCCUUCAGGGCUGCAAGGCCCCCUGAGAGCCUGGGGUUGCAGACUUAGCUCCACAGAGAGCCCUGCAGGAGGGGCCUUGGGUGCUGGAGGGGGAGUCCUGGGGCCAGAUCCAGGUGGCAGGUGGGAGAGCGCCCCCCCAUCUGUUGGCAGCUUGAGGUUUUGCAUUAUUUGGAGGAUGGCUUCUGCUGCUAAAAAUACAAAAGUUUGGAAACCACUGCCCAUGGAGGAUGAGGUUUCUUGGCGUUUCCAAGGAUUGAGAGCCAUCUGAAAGGCUGCCCCUCCUGUUCCCCAUGCCUUGGGGAAUUUCGGAAUCUCUGUGGUCCUCAUCAGCCAAGUGUGGGUUGUUGGGUGACCUUGGAGGGACCCCCUUUUAGCCCUGUCUCUUGGGAGGUGGCUUACCGAAGAGAGGAGAAAUCAGUACUGAGGUGACCGUCCUCUCUCCAGGUCUCAAUCCCCCACCUGUGAAGUGAGAGGGCUGGGCUUAAUGAUCCCCAGGGCCCCUCCAGUUCUGCCCAAGGAAUGGGAGCCCAGUAGAUCUCUGCCUCUGGCCACCUCUACAGGAAAGAGGGUGUUCAGCAGCCACUCACCAUUCUUUGUGCCAUUUUCUGGUCUGGCUCCAGUGACCACCACUGUCACACAUGCAGCAGCUCACAUGAUCCUGCCGGGGAGCCUCUUAAGUCCCCUGGUUAGGCAGGGUUCAAGUCCAAAAUUGGCUACAGCCUGAUUUGGAUCUUGGGAUUGAAUUACCUACAGUGACCAGAUCUUAGCACACAUCUAGCAAGGUCAAGUGCAUAGUUUUCACCAACCCCCCGGAUAGGAGGGCUUUGUUGUAUUUCCGUGGACAUGAUGUGGGCUUCCAGGAUCUCCCCCUUCUUAAUAUUACGUCUCCAUGCCUCGCCUUCUCAAUAUUAUGUCUCCAUGCCUCACCUUAUUCUGGUAGCAGAAAAAAAAAUUUUUUUUUUAAUGCCAAAUUUGUAACCUCCCGAUACUCCCCUUUAGCAGUAAAGUGAGUCCCAGUGUAUGUAGGAGAAAUCAGGUAUGUUCUGGUGGCUUAGAAGCUCCCAAUGACCACUGUGUGUCCCGUUUUUCCUGUGGCAUGUUUGCAGGCUCUGUCCAGACUCUUUAAACUACUGACCAGGAAAGAAGUGGGCCAUGGGGGGGGAGGGAGCUCAAGGUGCUUGAGGACUGGAGGAGGCAUUGCCCCAUAUGAACGACCCUAGGGGGCUUCGAGAGUACAUGCCUUCUAGGCCCCCCUGGUGCGAAGACUCUGAAGCGGUCAUUUCUGUGAGUCCCCUGACCCCACACAGGUCAUACUCCGUCUCUAUUGGCCGUGUGAGUCCUGGAUCCUGACUGUCUCUUGGGAGUGGGAGAGUGGGGGUGGGAAUGGGGUCUGUGGGCUAGAGUAGCCCCGAUUAGCUGUAACCUGAGCCUUCACUCUGGUGAGCUGAACAUCUGGGCAAUGUAACAUCACAGCUUCUAGGACAGAUCAGAUAUCUGCUCCUGCUGGCGGGUUUUGCCAGGAGUAGAGGGUCGGGGGAGGACUGGAGGGGACAAGGGCUCUUCAGUGUGGCCUGCCGGGUUCCCUUCCUGGCGCUGAAGGGCUGUGGUUUGAAAAGAACAAAGCCUCAAGUGGGUAGAAGAUGCCCAAGUCAGGGCUUCCCUGUUGUGUCGCUUCCCCCACCCGCACUACAGGGGAGGAGUGCAAGCAACAAAGCGGCGGGAGCCAUUCUAGGUAAACUACAGUUUGGGCUGAACAUUCCAAAUGAUGGGCUGAGGCCUUUCCAGUCCCUACAGUGAUGAUAAUACAAAUACUGGUCCAAGCCAUGUGGAUUACCAUGGCGGCAGCAGGGGGCGCGGGGGUGGGGGAGGGCUUGUUUCACUCAAACCUGUUGAGUGGAUGCAUCUGGGACCAUUAGUGCCUAUCAGUUUAAAGGCAGUGAAUUGUAUUUAGAGGCUAAGUGUGUUGGAAGAUGGAAUCCCGGGAAUCUCAGGUUCUCUCCAAGUCAGAGAAGCCUGCUUUGCAUCCUAAUGCAGAACCUCCUUUAGAAAAUGUGUAUAAUGGAUCGAGGCAGUCAUUACCUUGUCAGUAAAUUAAGAAAACUUGAGAGAUGCCAAAAACAUUUCCUCAAGACUGCAGCUGAGCUCUCCCAGUCAGUGGGGCAGAAGUAGGUUUAGGAAAGAAUCAGGGAAGAGCACAGCACAGGGUGCCGAGAACUUUCUUUUUAGGUUUUCUGGGGGGUAGGUGUGACGUCUCAGGGGACCCUGUGGUCACUGGAACGUGCUUUGCUUGCAGGAACUGCCUCUCCUACCUGACAUGCUACUGGAGUUCCCCCCCCCCCCCCCCCCCCCCCGCCAAACUUGUUUCCCGUGUUAGAUAUCUGCUUGAGUUGGUAAACCUGGCUUUAAUCCAGGCUCUGCCAUUUCCUGGCUGUGUGACCUUGGGCAAGCUACUCCACCUCUCUGAGUGUUGUGUUCCUUAUCCCACUUUAUGAAGUGGGAGAUUUAUGAGGUCCAGUCACUAAGGUCACUCCUUUCCCUCUUCAGUUUGGGAUAACUGUAUUAGGCCUAAAAUCUGCCUUUUCUCCUACAUCUCCUUCCUACCCAUGAGCACAUCUGCUUGGUUCUACAUUAGGAAUCUGCCCCUUGACCACCCAUCAGCCACAAUUACCGGCUCCACGCUGCACAUCACUAUUCUGAUUUCGCUCCUGUCCAUGCUCUGGGCCCAGUUCAUCUUUGCUCUGCAGCCAGACAGAUUUAUUUGGGUCAGGUCCCUCCUCUGCUCAAAACCCUCCUAUAGCUCCCUAUCACUCUGGGCAAAGGCCAAAAUUCUCCCGCUGACCAGAGGUGGAUGUACUGUUCAGGCCCCUCACUUGCCCCAGGCACCCUGAGUCCAAAUUUUAUUUGUAAUUUUGAUCUUUUAAAAGGAUGGUCCCUUAAAUUGCAUAUAUUCAGGUCCCCCUAGAUGUGGGUCCAUCCCCCACGGCGGCCCAUGAAACCCUACACGAUCCGGUCCCUGUGGCUCUCUGACCUUAUUUCUCACCCCUUGCCUUCUUGCUCACCCCAGCCACACUUGUUUCCUUGCUGUUCCUCAGCCCUGCCAGGCAGACUCCCACCUCAGGGCCUUUACACGUGCUACCAGGGAGGCAUUUCCCCUUGAUAGGUGCAAGGCCCACUUGCUCACCUCCUCAGGGGCUUUAUUCAAAUAUUACCUUUUUCAAUGAGUCCUCUUGCUGACUGCCUAAUUAAAAUAGCACCCUUCCCCCCAACUCAACCUCAUUCUCUCUUUUCAUUCCCUGCUUUAUUUUUCUCCAGAGCACUAAUCGCCACUCUGCCAGCUGUGUUUUAUGCUUCUUGUUUCUCUAACCCACCAGCUCCCCCACUGGAUUGCAAGCAGCAUGAGGGCCCAGGGCUAGAACAGUGCCAGACACCUGGUGGAUGCUCAGUGUUGAAUGAGUGAAUGAAUGAAUGAAUGAAUGAAUGAAACCCAUGUUUCCUCCACCUGCUGUGUGGCAGCCAGGCCCUGGGCAGGGCCCCAGAGACCCGCAGCCCCUACUUCACUCCCUGGAACUCCCUUUAGGGCAGAAUAUCCUGUGGCUGGAAGGAGGGACAGUUUGUCCCUGGGACCUGAAGUUGGAGCUUCAGAACCCAUUUGCCUUCCUCUCUCAGGCCCUUGGUACUGCUUUAUGUGGGAGAGGUAGAGGGCUUUCUCCUCUGAUGGAACAAGACUGUUCUUCCCCAGCCUUAUUGGAGAUGGGUUCCAACUAGUCUUGGGGGACAUUUACUGGCUACCUAGGAGCCUGUGAGAUUCACCAGCCUGAUUAUCUCUUACUCAAGAAACUUGAAUGCCCAGGCCUGGGCCUUUGAAACAGUAAUCCGUCUUCACCUCUGCUCACUGACACCAGGCAUCCUGAGUCUUCAGGCUGAAAACAUCUGCUGUCUGAGAUCCCACCAUUAUUGCUCCCUUCCUUGAGAAUAAGCUUUACCUUCUCUGGGAUGCUCUUCAAAAUGCCUCCCUAGGUACAUGCACACACCCACACGUGUGCAGGACACAUACUUGUGCAUGCACCUGUGUGUGUGUGCACGCACAGGUACCCCCGACUUUCUCUUAUUUCACCUAGCUCAGAAGCCAGGACACAUACUCUUCUGAAACAGCUCCAAGCCAAAGCAACCUCUGGAUUACUGAGAACGUAUUCUUUCUCCAGAAGCCACAGGCCUUGCGGUUCCCAGGCUGCUAACCUCAUAGCAACAGUCAAGUUUCCCCUGUCCGGGUAAUGCUGGUGUCUCUAUCCUUCCUGCUUCCCUUGGGGCACAGGGGAAGAGAUGUCCACAGAAUGUUUCCACCAGGCAUUUGGGGAGGGGACUGUAUUGUCCUGGCUGGGAACCAGAGGAGCCGGGUCCUGCAAGUCACCCCUUCCCUGGGGACCUCUGGGCCAAUCACCUCCUCUUUGGUCCUCCAGAAUGAAAUUGAAAACCUUUCCACUCUGCCUUGUCUGGGGACUGAGGAGAUAGGGAAACACAAGCAGAAGGCAUUGCAAAGUUAAAAGCAUGUGACCCCAUGUCUGGAGAGCUUUGUAGGGGCAGGAGGAGGGAGGGGGAAGGGAGGCAUUAUGAAGCCAUACGAGCUGGAGCUCUGUCUGCGAGGGAAAUAGGGUGUUGGUGGCACUGAUGAAGUCGGGCCUGUUGGUUUCCCUGGGAGAGAGUAGACUCCCCUUGAUGUCCCCAGGGAGGUAGAUAUUGGCUAAGGGAGGGAAAAGCUUGCUGAGACCUUGCCCUGGUUGGAGUGGCCGGGAGCUCCUUGUUAGUGCAGUUAUGUUACA